GCUCCCGUACCUGGAGCGAGGCAGGAGCGGCAGCCCGGCAGCAUGUCCCGAAGGAAACAGAGCAAACCCCGGCAGAUCAAACGGCCCCUUGAGGAUGCCAUUGAGGAUGAAGAAGAAGAAUGCCUGUCUGAAGAAAAUGAUACUGUCUCAAAAGAAGACUUUCCAUUGGAGGAAAGCUUUUCUGCAGAGUUUGAGCCUGAAAAUCUGAGCUGCGAAGAAGUGGAAUACUUUUGUAAUAAAGGCAAUGAAGAAGGCAUCCAGGAGGCAGCAGAAUCUGAGGGUGAUGCAAGGCCAGAAAAACCAGGGCAGCUUGCUGUGGAGGCAGAAGAUUGGGAUGGGCCAGGAGAGCUGGAGGUGGUCCAGAAGGAUGGGGAGCGCAAGAUCCAGAGCCGGCAGCAGCUUCCGGUUGGAACAACAUGGGGGCCGUUCGCUGGGAAGAUGGACCUGAACAAUAACACCUUGAAGACAAAGGCUUCAGUCCCUAUGGUACUGACUGCUGGCCCCAAGUGGUUGCUGGAUGUGACUUGGCAAGGAGUAGAAGACAACAAAAACAACUGCAUUGUGUACAGCAAAGGAGGGCAGCUUUGGUGUACCACGACCAAGGCCAUCUCAGAGGGUGAAGAGCUAAUUGCCUUUGUUGUGGAUUUUGACUCAAGGCUGCAAGCUGCUAGUCAGAUGACUCUUACAGAAGGGAUGUAUCCUGCACGCCUGCUGGACUCAAUACAAUUGCUCCCUCAACAAGCUGCAAUGGCAUCUAUUUUGCCUACAGCUAUUGUGAACAAGGACAUAUUCCCUUGCAAAUCCUGUGGCAUUUGGUAUCGAAGCGAGCGGAAUCUGCAGGCCCACCUCAUGUACUACUGCAGUGGGAGGCAAAGAGAGGGGCCUCAGCUGUCGGAGGAGAAUGAAGACAGUGCUCAACAGAUAUCCAGUGUCUGCCCCUUUCCGCAGUGCACCAAAAGUUUUUCUAACGCAAGAGCUCUGGAAAUGCACCUGAAUUCUCACAGUGGAGUGAAAAUGGAAGAAUUUCUCCCGCCUGGAGCUAGUCUGAAAUGCACAGUUUGUACUUAUACUGCAGACUCGGUGAUUAACUUUCAUCAGCACCUGUUCUCGCAUCUUACUCAAGCUGCCUUUAGAUGCAAUCACUGCCAUUUUGGCUUCCAAACUCAGAGGGAGCUACUGCAGCACCAAGAAUUACAUGUCUCUGGCAACAAGAUUCAGAGAGAAAGUGACAUUGAACACUCUCCAAGUGGAAAUGAGGAAGGUUUACAGCCAGCGACAGACCUGUUGAGCAGAAAUGAUAUUCCCCAGGGCCAAAAGACCAUGCAGACUAAAGACGCAAGUUCUGAUACAGAGCUUGAUAAAUGUGAAAAAAAGGCUCCACUUUUUCUUCCAAACCAGAGGCCAGAAACACAGCCUGCAACAAACAAGCAAAGUUUAUCAUACACUAAAAUAAAAUCUGAACCAUCUAGUCCAAGACUUGCCUCAUCGCCAGUUCAGCCUAAUAUUGGUCCUUCUUUCCCAAUGGGACCCUUUCUUUCACAGUUUGCUUUUCCCCAGGACAUCACUGUGGUUCCUCAGGCUUCAGAGAUAUUAGCCAAAAUGUCUGAACUGGUCCACCGGCGGCUGAGGCAUGGAAGCAGCAAUUAUCCUCCAGUAAUUUACAGUCCUUUGAUGCCAAAAGGGGCUACGUGUUUUGAGUGCAACAUAACAUUCAAUAAUUUGGACAACUACUUGGUGCACAAAAAGCACUACUGCAGUAGCCGAUGGCAGCAGAUGGCAAAGUCACCAGAUUUUUCCAGUGUUCCAGAGAAAAUGCCAGAAGCUGUAAGUCCCAGUAAUGGUCAAAGCUCUAUAAGCAUCCUGAAUACAGCUCCUCACACAUCAGACCCAGAGAAUCAGCUUCUGCAGACAUCUUGCAUUAACUCUUCCAGUGUCUUAGAUUUGAUUGGGCCAAACAAUAAAGGUCAUGAAAAAGACUUCACAGCACAAGCUAAGAAGUUAUCAACUGCAAGCAACAGCGAUGAGAAGAUAAAUGGAAAACCUUCUGAUGUGAAGAAUCCCAAUGCUUCUUUAGUAGAAGGGGAGAGUGAUCCUAAUAAGACCACAUGUGAAGCUUGUAAUAUUACUUUCAGCAGACAUGAAACAUACAUGGUCCACAAGCAGUAUUACUGUGCCACUCGCCAUGAUCCCCCACUGAAGAGGUCUGCUUCCAACAAAGUGCCUGCCAUGCAGAGAACAAUGCGUACACGGAAGCGGAGAAAGAUGUAUGAGAUGUGCCUACCAGAGCAAGAGCAAAGGCCACCACUAGUACAACAGCGAUUUCUGGAUGUGGCUAAUCUUGGCAAUCCAUGUACAUCUACUCAAGAGUCAACAGAGAGUCUUGGAGAAUGUUACCAUCCACGGUGUGAUAUAUUUCCAGGAAUAGUGUCAAAGCAUCUUGAAACAUCACUGUCUAUUAACAAGUGUGUUCCCGUUUCAAAGUGUGAUACUCCCCACUCCACUGUGUCUUGCUUGGAGAUGGAUGUGCCAAUAGAUCUCAGUAAAAAAUGCUUACCCCAGUCAGAGAGGACAUCCACCUCUCCCAAAAGGCUGCUGGACUAUCAUGAGUGCACAGUAUGCAAGAUAAGUUUUAACAAGGUAGAGAACUACCUGGCUCAUAAGCAGAAUUUUUGCCCUGUCACUGCCCAUCAGCGUAAUGACCUGGGACAGCUUGACAGUAAGGUGUUUCAAAACCCAGAAAGUGAAAGAAACAGCCCAGAUGUCAGCUAUGAAAGAAGCAUAAUCAAAUGUGAGAAAAAUGGAAACUCAAAACAGUCCUCUCCUAACGGAAACUUAUUUUCCACACACUUAGCGACACUUCAAGGACUAAAAGUCUUUAGUGAAGCAGCCCAGCUUAUUGCUACAAAAGAAGAAAACAAACAUUUGUUUCUUCCACAAUGCCUUUACCCUGGAGCAAUAAAGAAAGCUAAAGGAGCAGAUCAGCUUUCUCCAUAUUAUGGAAUAAAGCCAAGUGAUUACAUUUCUGGUUCUCUCGUCAUUCAUAAUACUGAUUUAGAUCAAAGCACAAAUACAGAAAGUGAAUCUCAUAAAGGCCAGGCUCCUUCAAAUGGAUGUGCUGUGCAGAAGAAAGAGUCUCUUCCACUAUUGCCAAAAAACCGAGGCAUGGUAAUAGUUAAUGGGGGACUAAAACAGGAGGAAAGACCUGCAGCAAACCCACAACAGGAGAACAUUUCCCAGAAUCCUCCACAUGAAGAUGGGCACAAGUCUCCUUCUUGGAUCUCUGAGAAUCCGUUAACUGCAAAUGAAAAUGUCUCUCCAGCAAUUCCUACAGCAGAGGAACAAUUGUCUAGUAUAGCUAAAGGAGUGAAUGGUUCUACCCAGGCCCCAACCAGUGGAAAGUAUUGCCGACUGUGUGACAUCCAGUUCAACAAUCUUUCAAACUUUAUAACUCAUAAGAAGUUUUAUUGCUCGUCACAUGCAGCAGAACAUGUCAAAUGA